UCUCCCGCCGCUGUGGAUAGAUUGCACCGAAUCUCCUACUUCGACAUGUCGCCAUCCUCCCCUCGGAGACAUCUCUCCCCAUACGUUAAGUUAUGUUAUGUCUCGGGGUGAAAUUUCUCCACGACAAUUAUUGUAUCGACGGUACGCGUGUUUCCCGCCUUACUGCGGCAACCCCAGCUGGUAUUGAGGAGUCCAAACAGGUACGGCGAGCGUCGACAUCGCACCGGUUUGUUUACUAUCGUCUUCUGAGAUGGACUUCAACUCUUUGAUUCUUUUCCUGCGUGAGCUCCCUUCAAUAUUUGGCAUGAUGCCUCCUGCUCAAACUGGCCCAGUCCCCUCCAGCUUUCAUCCUUCCAUCUUUAUAUCGCAGCAACGUACCAAGCUCUCCUCGGUGUUUGGGGUUUGACGAGCGCUCCCCUCACAACACCCAUUGGCUGGCAUACCGGGGAUUUGAUGCGGCGCUUUGUCUACUGCAAGGUGGUGUUGACCACCUCUUUAGUUUGGGUGCUGGUGGAUGUCUUCCUGCUGCUCUACUUCAGCGAGUGUAACAAAUGUGACGACAGGAAGGACCGCUCGCUCCUUCCUGCCCUACGCGCUGUGAUAUCCCGUGGCCACGGGGGUCCCGGUGAGAUGGGCAAGGCAGUGAACAUCCCCAAGGAAGACCACGAGAGGAUGAAGGAGCUCUUUAAGAUAAACCAGUUCAAUCUAAUGGCCAGCGAUAUGAUUGCACUCAACAGGAGUUUACCGGAUGUCAGGUUGGAUGGCUGUAAGACCAAGGUAUACCCUGACAACUUGCCAAACACCAGCAUAGUCAUCGUGUUCCACAAUGAGGCAUGGAGCACCUUGCUGCGGACAGUCCACAGUGUCAUCACCCGCUCCCCGAGGCACUUACUUGUGGAGAUUCUACUGGUGGAUGACUUCAGCGAGAGAGACUUCUUAGGUAAAAAGUUGGAGGAUUAUGCGCAAACACUGGAUGUGCCAGUUAAAAUCCUAAGGAUGGAGCAGCGUUCAGGUCUCAUCCGAGCCAGAUUGAGGGGAGCCGCUGCCACCAGAGGACAGGUUAUCACUUUCCUGGACGCCCACUGUGAAUGUACUGUCGGGUGGUUGGAACCCCUGCUGGUCCGCAUCAAAGAGGACAGGACAGCAGUAGUGUGUCCCAUCAUUGACGUCAUCAGUGACGAGUCCUUCGAAUACAUGGCCGGCUCUGACAUGACCUACGGGGGAUUUAACUGGAAGCUGAAUUUUCGCUGGUACCCUGUUCCUCAGCGGGAGAUGGAUCGGCGUAAGGGUGACCGAACACUUCCUGUCAGAACCCCCACCAUGGCAGGAGGGCUGUUCUCUAUAGACAAAACAUACUUUGAAGAAAUAGGAAGCUACGAUCCAGGAAUGGAUAUCUGGGGUGGAGAGAACUUAGAGAUGUCGUUCAGAAUCUGGCAGUGUGGCGGCUCUUUGGAGAUUGUCACAUGUUCCCACGUUGGCCACGUUUUCCGGAAGGCUACUCCUUACAGUUUCCCCGGUGGAACAGGCCAAGUCAUCAACAAGAACAACAGGCGGCUGGCAGAAGUCUGGAUGGAUGACUUCAAAGAUUUCUUUUAUAUCAUAUCCCCAGGUGUGAUGCGUGUGAACUACGGUGACGUCUCUUCCCGAAAAGCCCUUCGUGAAGCCUUGAAGUGCAAACCGUUCUCCUGGUACCUGGAGAACAUCUACCCAGACUCUCAGAUCCCGAGAAGAUAUUACUCGCUCGGUGAAAUCAGGAACGUUGAGACCAACCAAUGUGUUGACAACAUGGGGCGAAAGGAGAAUGAGAAAGUGGGCUUUUUCAACUGCCACGGCAUGGGUGGAAACCAGGUCUUCUCUUACACGGCAGACAAAGAAAUCCGAACGGACGACCUCUGUUUGGACGUUUCCCGCCUCAACGGGCCUGUCAUCAUGCUCAAGUGUCACCACAUGAAGGGCAAUCAGAUGUUCGAGUACGACGCCGAGCCGCUCGGGUUGCACGGUUCACUUGAUCAGCUGUGUUCUCCUCUUUCACCCAGUUUGUUGGCAAAUGGGAAUAUGAUUUUGAGAGACUCACCUUGCUGCACGUCAACAGCAACCAGUGUUUGGACAUGCCGUCGGAGGAGGACAGGACGGUCCCCACCUUGAGGGACUGCAACGGGAGCCGCUCCCAGCAGUGGCUGCUCCGCAACAUGACCCUGAAGGUGCUAGCGGACUCCAACGUACAAUGGGAGGAGCGGACUCCGCACUGAAAGGUCACCACUGCUUACGAAGUCAACGUGGUAGUUUUUCUGUGACGUUUCCGUUAAACACGACAUCCCCCCCACCCCCUGGUUUUACAAAGCAGUAAACUAACGAAUAGUAUCGUUUAUAUAGCCAUUAAAUACCACAAGAGAGGAGGAAGGGUUUCAUUGAUUGUUUGAUUAAAACUUGUAUUAGUAGAUUGCACAGUUUAGUACAUAUUACGUACAAUUGACCACUAAAUGGUAACACCCCAAUAAGUUUUUCAACUUGUUUAAGUCGGGGGUCCAGGUUAAUCAAUUCAUGGUAAAUCGGCGUGGAAAACAUUUUAUUCGUACGCUGGCCUGAUUUAAAGUCCUACUGAAAGCCACUACUAGCGACCACGCUGUCUGAUAGUUUAUAUAUCGAUGAUGAAAUAUUAACAUUGCAACACAUGCCAAUACGGCCUUUUUACUUUACUAAAUUGCAAUUUUAAAUUUCGCACGGAAGUGUCAUGCUAAAACGUCGCGGUGCACGUGACGUCAUGCAUUGUAGAGGACGUUUUGUUCCAGCACCGUUCGCAGCUGUAAGUCGUGUGUUUUUAUCGCAUAAUUCCACAGUAUUCUGGACAUCUGUGUUGCUGAAUCUUUUGCAAUUUGUUCAAUGAAUAUUGGAGACGUCAAAGAAGAAAGCCGUAGGUGGGAAGCGGUGUAUUGCGGCUGCCUUUUAGCAACACAAACACAGCCGGUGUUUCAUUGUUUACAUUCCCGAAAGAUGACGCUGAAGCCACGCAGCACAAGUAAGACAUGAAAUGUUGAUGCCAACUAACAUUCUGAAACCCACUACUACCGACCACGCAGUCUGAUAGUUUAUAUAUCAAUGAUGAAAUAUUAACAUUGCAACACAUGCCAAUACGGCCGGUUUAGUUUACUAAAUUGCAAUUUUAAAUUUUGCGCGGAAGUAUCAUGCUAAAACAUCGCGGUGCACGUGACGUCACGCAUUGUAGAGAACAUUUGGUUCCAGCACUGUUCACAGCUAUAAGUCGUCUCGUUUCAUCGCAUAAUUCCACAGUAUUCUGGACAUCUGUGUUGCUGAAUCUUUUGCAAUUUGUUCAAUGAAUAUUGGAGACGUCAAAGAAGAAAGCUGUAGGUGGGAAGCGGUGUAUUGCGGCCGCCUUUAGCAACACAAACACAGCCGGUGUUUCAUUGUUUACAUUCCCGAAAGAUGACGCUGAAGCCACGCAGCACAAGUAAGACAUGAAAUGUUGAUGCCAACUAACAUUCUGAAAGCCACUACUACCGACCACGCAGUCUGAUAGUUUAUAUAUCAAUGAUGAAAUAUUAACAUUGCAACACAUGCCAAUACGGCCGCUUUAGUUUACUAAAUUGCAAUUUUAAAUUUCGCACGGAAGUAUCAUGCUAAAACGUCGCGGUGUGAUGACGCGUG